AUGGCGUCUCGACCCCAGAAUAUCGGCAUCAAAGCCAUUGAGAUCUACUUCCCAAACCAGUGCGUUGACCAAGCUGAGUUGGAGAAGUUCGAUGGUGUGGCGGCGGGCAAAUACACAAUCGGACUUGGGCAGACUCGAAUGUCCUUCUGCGAUGACAGAGAAGAUAUCUAUUCCAUGGCGCUCACCACCCUGACAAGCCUGAUCAAGAAAUAUAACAUUGACCUCAAGAAUGUCGGGAGACUGGAGGUCGGCACUGAGACGAUGCUGGACAAGAGCAAAAGUGUCAAAUCCGUGCUGAUGCAAUUAUUCCAAGAGUCUGGCAACUUUAACGUCGAGGGUGUCGACUCUUACAACGCAUGCUACGGUGGCACCAAUGCCGUCUUCAACUCUUUAAACUGGAUUGAGUCUUCUGCUUGGGAUGGACGAGACGCCAUCGUGCUCGCAGGCGACAUCGCUCUGUACAAGAAGGGCAAUGCUCGUCCGACUGGCGGUGCUGGCUGUGUGGCUCUCUUGAUCGGUCCCGAUGCGCCCGUUGCAUUUGAAGCUGGUCUCCGAGGCUCCUACAUUACUCACGCAUACGACUUCUACAAGCCCGAUCUCACGAGCGAGUACCCUUAUGUUGAUGGUCAAUUUUCGUUGAAGUGCUAUACCGAGGCUGUUGACGCAUGCUAUAAAGCAUACAAUGCCCGCGAAAGAGCACUCCAGUCACAGACGAAUGGUGUCAACGGCCACCACGUGAACGGGAAUGGCGUCCACAACGGAGAGGUCGACAAAGCGCCCGUUGACCGAUUCGAUUACAUGGCCUUCCAUGCGCCGACAUGCAAACUCGUCUCGAAGUCAUACGCUCGCUUGCUGUACAACGAUUUCUUGGAAGAUCCAAGCCAUCCGCAAUUCAGUGAGGUCGCGCCCGAGUUACGCGACCUUGACUACCAGGCAUCAUUAAGCGACAAGACUGUUGAGAAGACAUUCAUGGGCUUGACCAAAAAGCGCUUUGCCGAACGUGUCCAGCCUGCCAUCCAGGUCGCCACUAUGUGCGGGAACAUGUAUUGCGGCAGCGUUUAUGGAGGCAUUGUCGGCCUAAUCAGCAACAUUGCUCCCAAAACUCUGCAAGGCAAGAGACUCGGCGUCUUCAGCUACGGCAGUGGUCUAGCCAGCUCGAUGUUCAGCUUGAAGGUCGUUGGGGACACCACAGAGAUGGCCGAGAAGCUCAAUCUGCAAGAACGACUGAACGCCCGUCGGGUUGUGGCACCUGAGGUGUAUGACGAGAUGUGCUUGCUUCGAGAGAAGGCGCAUCUGAAGAAGGAUUUCAAGCCCGCCGGGGAAGUUGAGCCUCUCCUGCCUGGCACAUACUAUCUAACCGAGGUCGAUGAAAUGUUCCGACGGAAGUACGACGUCAAGGCAUGA